AUGACGCGACAACUCCGCCGCCGAUUCAACGUGGUGGCCGUAAUCGGGACGCUGGAAAGCGACUCGGAGAGGGUAUUAGCCGACGGCGGCCGCCGCGACUGCGACUCUCAGUUAGGAGCCACUGAAGACGGCGGCCGCCGCACCAGUCACCGCGAGUGGCGGAUACACAACCGACACCGCCGUCGCGACGGCUUGGCGAGGGGAAGAGUUAGUGAGGACGAGUUCUGUAGUAGCAGCGAAGACAGAGCAAAAAUCCGCGAAGACAGAGCAAAAAUCCGCGAAGACGGUGGACACCGCCGCAGGGUCUCUUCCCGGAGAGUAAGUGAAGACGUCGGCUUCUCCCGCUGCGAUUCGAGAAGGGUCAGCGAGGGCUUGGACCACCGAAACAGUGGCUCUCGGGAGACACUUAGGGACGACGGUGGGCACUGUCCCCACAGCUCUUGGGAGAGAAUAAACGAAGAACGCGGCUUCUGCAGCAGUGACGUCAAUUUAAGUGCUGUCGGCCGCCUCCAAGCCAGCGGUUCUGCGGGAACUGUCGAAGACUGCGGCCCCCGCCUCAGGGGUGCUUGUGAGGGUAUAAGGGAAGGCCUGAGCCGCCGAGCUAACGAUUCUGGGGAGAAAGGCAGUGACAACCGCCGGCGCCUCCUCAGUGGCUCUUGGGAGGGAGCGAGUGUCGAUGGCAGCUCCUGUCCCCUUAGUUCCUGGGAGGGAGUGAGUGAAGACCCCAGCUACGCGGCCCGCGAAUCCUGCGGGGUGAGCGCAAUCGAAGACGCCAGCCGCCGCCUCUGUGGCUUCUGGGAGAGAGAAAGCGAAGACGGCAAUUCUCGCUGCGGGGGUCCUUGGGGGAGAGCAAGAGAGGGCCCGGGUCCCGGAGAUCCAGAAAGCCACGGCCGCAGCCUAGACUUUUGGGUGACGGCCAGUGAAGACCGCCGCAGUAGCAGGGGCGUGGACUCUAUUCCUCUCGGCAUUCCGAGGGAGCGCACCAUGCCUGGGGUGUCGGGAUCAGAAACCUCCACGGAGACUGCUCUCCCCAGUGCCAGAAAGAAGGUGCAUUUCAGAAGCAUGCAUGAUGCAGUACGAGCUGGAGAUGUAAAGCAGCUUUCAGAAAUAGUAGAACAUGGAGCCAACGUUAAUGAAGUUGAUGUUCUCCAUAAAUUUACUCCUUUACAUUGGGCCGCCCAUUCUGGAAGUUUGGAGUGUCUGCAUUGGCUUCUCUGGCACGGAGCUGAUAUCACACAAGUAACCACGAGAGGUUGGACAGCGGCUCAUAUAGCUGCAAUCAGGGGUCAGGAUGCUUGUAUGCAGGCCCUUAUAAUUAAUGGAGCAAAUCUUUCAGCUCAGGAUGAUCGUGGAUGUACCCCUUUACAUCUUGCUGCAACGCACGGACAUUCUUUCACUCUACAAGUAAUGCUCCGAAGUGGAGUGGAUCCCAGUGUGACUGAUAAGAGAGAAUGGAAACCAGUACAUUAUGCAGCUUUUCAUGGGCGGCUUGGCUGUUUGCAACUUCUAGUGAAAUGGGGAUGUGGUAUAGAAGAUGUAGACUCUAAUGGAAACCUUCCAGUUCACCUAGCAGCCAUGGAGGGCCACCUUCACUGUUUUAAAUUCCUACUCAGUAGAAUGAGUUGUUCAACAGAAGCUUUAAAAGCCUUCAAUGAUAAUGGAGAAAAUGUGUUGGACUUGGCCCAGAGGUUCUUUAAACAGAACAUUUUACAAUUUAUCCAGGGGGCUGAACUUGAAGAAAGUGAUCCAGAAUAUAAGGAAACUUUAGCAUUUCCAGGUCAUGUGGCUGCCUUUAAAGGUGAUUUGGAAAUGCUUAAAAAAUUAGUAGAAGAUGGAGUAAUCAAUAUUAAUGAACGUGAUAGUAAUGGAUCCACUCCAAUGCAUAAAGCUGCUGGACAAGGCCACAUAGAGUUUGCUCAUUUAGCUGCAGUAAAGCUACUAGAGGGACUACAGAAGUAUGAUAUAGAUGAUGAAAAUGAUAUUGAUGAAAAUGACGUGAAUUUUUUCCUAAGACAUGGUGUUGAGGGAAGCACUGAUGUGAAGGAUGAUUUAUGUCUCAGUGAAUCAGAUAAAACAGAUGCAAGAAUGAGAGCUUAUAAGAAAAUUGUAGAAUUGAAACAACACCUGGAAAUUGCUGAGAGCAACUAUAAACACUUGGGAGGGAUAACAGAAGAAGAUCUAAAGCAGAGGAAAGAACAGCUUGAGUCUGAGAAAACGAUCAAAGAGCUACAGGGCCAGCUGGAGUACGAACGACUACGUAGAGAAAAAUUAGAAUGUCAGCUGGAUGAGUAUCGAGCAGAAAUGGAUCAACUCAGGGAGACAUUGGAAAAAACUCAGGUCCCCAACUUUGUGGCUAUGGAAGAGGGCUCUUCUUGUGAGUCAAGCAAAGAGAAACGCCGAGUGAAGAAAAAAGUGACCUCUGGGGGAGUUUUUAACUGUGGUACAGGCCAGAGGCUGAUAUUGGAGAAUAUAGUUAAUAAUUUUCAGUUUAGCUUAUCACUGUCCUCCGAGUUGGACCGACUCACCCAUCCUAAAGCACCUGUUCUGGGGCAGGCUUAUCCUGCAGAGGCUGAGGUUGAUCCCCACCCACAAAACUUCACGUUCUCUGGACAGUUUGGUCCCACACCAGUGGGGACAGUGGUGGCCAGGCUUCCUGGGGCUUUUACUCCUUUCACUUUACCGUGGGCUCGGUGGGGGGACCUGCAUGUCGUCUGGGCAGCACGCAGCAGGCUGUUACCACUGAGUGAACAGAUGCGUGGUUUUGUGUCAAUGGGACCUAUAUGGUCCUUAGUUGUAAAAUCAGCAAAAAUGUUAUCUACAAGGUGUGAUCUUUGA